AGUUUGGACCCGUUGUCCUCCAACCCUUAGUUUUAGUGCACUUAGCAGGAAUUGUGUAGCCAAGACCCUUUGUCCAGACCAAAAGACAACGUCAGUGGCUUUUUGUCAAUCAGGUAUGAGCUCUAACAUGGCAUUCAAACAUCCCGAUAGUUGUGCCAUGUUUUAUCAAUGUAACAAUACCAAACCACAUACAAAUCUGAGAGUCUAUGAGAAUGAAUGCGGGGCUGGCUUCUUGUUUGACGAAAGAGAUGCUAUCUGUAAGCCAGCUGAUCAAGUAAGAUGUGGAGAUAGAGUUAUACCUUCAGGCACCUGCGGCUACAGAAAACUCUGUAAACUACCAGAAUGCCAGGGUGCACCAAAUGGUUAUUAUGCUUUAAAAGACGCACCCUUUACGUCCGAAUAUUAUGAGUGUAUAACGGGACAGUUCGUUGCUAUAAGAAAAUGUACUGGAGCUGGAGAGAUAUUCGAUCCUAUAAACAAGAACUGUUCCAUCGGUAUCGUACCAACUUCUGCACAGAGCUAUUGUUCCCAGAACCCGCAGGCCAAGUUCCCUGAUCCUGCAAGCUGUGCCUUGUUCUAUGAUUGUUCUAGGUACGAACACGACACCAAUCUUUACGCUUAUCAGACGGAGUGUGUUUAUCUUUACUUGUAUGACGUGGAUCUUAAACGGUGUGUUUACUUUUUACAAGCUAAAUGUCAAUCAAGACCAGAACCAAGAGCUCCAUGUGAAUAUGAAAGAGGCCAUUGUUAUGGUAGAAAUCAUGACCAGUGUAUAUCAUGCGAUGCUAACUGUGUAACCUUGCCAGAUGGAUUAAAUGUAUACCCAGGACGUUCUUUGACACCUUAUUAUCUAUUGUGUGCGGCUGGAAGAACUAUCAACGUUAAAGUAUGUCCAGAUAGUCAAGUUUUUGAUCCGAUUGUUGGUGGCUGUGUUGCUCAGAUUGCCACAGAAACUAUGAGGUUAUUCUGUGAAGCUAAUCCUGGUACCAUCAUCUCUCACCCCGGAGAGUGUGCCAUGUAUUAUGACUGUAAACAGACGAGCACUAUAGGCAACUUCCAGAUCUACGAAAGAGAAUGUAAAUACCCCAACUUGUUUGACACGACCAGUCUAGCAUGUGUCGACUUUUUCAAUGUUACUUGCGAGAAACGUCGAGAACCCAUCUCUCCUUGUGACUAUCUCCAAUAUCAGUGUACAGACAAGAGUUGUGUCCCUUGUAACCAGGUGUUACCAGACUGUACGGGAAGAGAAGAUGGCUAUUACACAGUACCACGAUGGGAAUUGACGUCAUCAUAUAUUGUAUGUCAAAACUUCAGGUUUAUGUUCCGUUAUGAUUGCCCACCUGGCCAGAUAUUUGACAUCCUCACAAAACGAUGCGCAACCACAAUUUCACAAGCUUCUAUGGACGCUUAUUGUACCAAGUAUCCAGCGGGUCGCAUAGGAAACCCAUUACAUUGCGCGCAGUAUUCCGACUGUACGGCCCCGAUGUCAUCAAGACUUGUUGAAUGUCCCUACCCUCAACUCUUCUCCUACGAGUACAUGGAAUGUCGCCCAUUUACCGAGGUAGAUUGCGGCCGAAGAAUAGAUUUUAAAAAUCCUUGCGAUUAUCGGCGAUUCUACAGGUGUUCCAGUCCCGACCCGUCUCAAUGUCCACCUUGUGAAUCUCUCUACCCCUCGUGUCAUCUUCAACCAGAGGGUUUCGUAGCAGCUUUGCCAGGAACUGGUAACCAGUAUUACAUCUGUAAUAGAGGAAGAGCAAUCCUAAAGACAUGUCGAACCACAUUUAGUAAUGAACUAAAGAGAUGUUUAGACCCUGUUACCAUUCCUCCAGUAACAAAACCACCACCCCCAGCUAUCGAGCCAUACAGGGCCACUGCAAUAAAGCAACCAUUGUCAAAUAUCUUCACGCAGGAUCCAAAAGGACAGAUACAACCAUCACUUCAACAACCUACACAGUAUAACCAACAACCAUAUCAACAGCAACCAUCAAAUCAACCACAGCAACCAUUAGGGAUGACUCAACUGCAAACGUCAAAUCAACCGCAACCACAAAAUCAACCACAACAACCGAAUCUACCAUAUCAGCCACAACAACCGUCGGGGAUGACUCAAUCGCAACCACCAAAUCAACCACAACAACCACAACAACCGAGUCUACCAUAUCAGCCACAGCAACCGUCGGGAAUGACUCAACCGCAACCUUCAAAUCAACCACAACAACCGAGUCUACCAUAUCAGCCACAACAACCGUCAGGGAUGACUCAAACACAACCAUCAAAUCAACCACAACAACCGAGUCUACCAUAUCAGCCACAACAACCAUCAGGGAUGACUCAACCGCAACCACCAAAUCAACCGCAACCAUCCGGGAUGACGCAACCGCAAACAUCAAAUCAGCCACAAAAACCAUCAGGUAUGACUCAAUCGCAACCAUCAAAUCAACCACAACAACCGAGUCAACCGUAUCAACCACAGCAACCAGCGGCCCCCCUUCAACCACAGCCAUAUCAACCACAACGUCCAUUACCUACUGUUCAACAACAACAAACGCCAUCACCUGUCCAGUCUCCUCAGCCACCAUCUGGUAUUUCUCAACCACAACAGCCAGCUGCUCAACCUCAGCAACCAGUCGCUCAACCACAACAACCAGUCGGACAGUCUUCUACUCAAUCAUCAAGAUUACCAUUAAAUAUCGGUACAACGAAAAUAACCACCUAUUCAACGCUUCCUCCCAAUAGUUUUUCUCAAUCGCCAGGACAAACAAAUCCACCCAGUUCGUCCAUUUUUGACGGAGCUCCGGUUUUUCAGAUUCAAACUAGACCACAACCCCCAAUCGUUGUUACUACAACUCCGAUACCAACUACACCUGCUUUACCAAGACCAGGACAAGCAGGAUUUGAUGUUAAUGUUUAUUGUGCGGCCAACCGUUACGACAUUUUCCCACAUCCGAACAGUUGUGCAAAGUACUAUAACUGUAUGGUACCGUCAAGUAUAUAUGAGCCGUACGUGUCGGAAUGUCCGUAUCCACAACUGUAUGAUUUCACCAGCAGAACUUGUAAAUAUUACGUAGAUGUCCGGUGUGUACCUGGAGUUUUAGAACCUGUUGCGCCAUGUGAAUAUGAUAAAUAUAUGGCUGAAUGUAACAAUACUAACUGCCCACCCUGUGAAGUGAAUAACCCGAGUUGUAAAGGACUAUCAGAUGGAACCCACCCAUACCCUGGCGAUGCCAUGAGUCCUCGGUAUACCGUCUGUCAUACUGGAAGAACAAUAAGGGUCAUCAGCUGCCAACCCGAAACUUUCUAUGAUCCCGUUACGAAACGUUGUAAUCACGAACUCACCAAAGAAUCCAUCGAUAAAUUCUGCAUGUUGUAUCCGAAUACAGUACAUCAGCAUCCCUUUAACUGUGCGCAGUUUUUAAAAUGCACUGCCCAGGGCAGUCUGGUCAUAGAGUGUGGGUAUCCUCGUUUAUUUAACGGUACAGAUUGUGAUGACUUUAAAAAGGUUGACUGCAAACAACGAUAUAAACCUGUAGCUCCAUGUGAAUAUGCUCAGAAUCGUCGCUGCCCACCAGGUAAAACUAGCUGUGAACCAUGUGAACAGAGAAUACCAAGCUGUGUUGGUAUGUCUAAUGACAAGCAAGCAUACCCAGGACGACCACCAUCACAACUCUUUGUCCUAUGUGACUCGGGUAGAACAUCGGCGGUGAUGCAGUGUCAGAAAAACAUCUUUAAUCCAACAACCAAACAGUGUUCUGGCACAAUUUCAAUCGCCAGUGUUGCCAGUAUCUGUAUGAGACAUCCGACAGCCAAGUUUCCAGAUCCUGAAAAUUGUGCUAGAUAUUUUAAUUGUAGUAUGAAGGAAAUAUUAUUAGACCGACCAUUCCAUGGUGAAUGUAAAUAUCCAGAUUUCUUUUCUACUCUCAGUAAUAAAUGUGAAAGCUUCCUACAGACCACACAAACCGGUGGGUGUGGUACACGAUAUACACCUGUAGAACCCUGUGAAUACCAUGAACAUUGUCCUACCCAACCUAACUGUGACCAAUGCAAGAGAAACCUACCAAGCUGCAACAGACCAAGUCUUAACGAUCCUGGCGUGAACUUAGUACCUAAUAAUACCGUACAAUUUGCUUCUGAAUGGUACUUCUGCUAUGACAAUAGAACCAUUGCAUACGGCGUAUGUGCUCGAGGACAGUAUUACAAUAAGGCAGCGGGAGAUUGUGCCGCAUUACCAUCUCGGACGACGUUGGGUUAGAUGUAUUAUUUAAACUACUCGGUUGCUAUGAACUGCAUAAGUAUCAGAAAUAUUUGUGGAUUACUUUGGUAAUCUAUUUAAUUAUGAACUAUCCGGGUAUUGCUUAUUUUGGUAGUGAAUUGUUCCGGUAGUUUCUUGUGUUCACAUAUAUACAUGUAUGCGUUACAAAAACUGUUUUAUGUUCAAAAGUAUUAUGAACUUCCUUCAAAAAUAAGAAUUUGAAUGUGCUCAUCAUGUCAUUUGUAACAUGGACAUAUUAUUAUCAUUUAUAUAUAAACAUCAUCAUUAUUGAUAUUUUUAAAAUGUAAUUUAAAUAGCAGUGACAUAUUUGUGUAUUUCAUAACAGUAAAUACGGGGUAUUUUGAGCACCUUCAUUGAAAAUAAUAUUUCUUUACCUUAAGAACAUGCACAGAAAUCGGGACGGUAUAAACUUACUGUGCAAACACCAGAAGAUGUAAUUAGGACACACAGAUUUGGUGAAUAUUGUUCAAAAUAAUUCGUUUUGUGUAAAUGACAAUGUAGGGUGGUCUUGUCAUUCAUUGA